CUCAGUCACUCAGCACCUGUUGAGACGUAAAAACAGAUAAUAAUAGCACAAUGGUGAAAGCACGCAAAUACGUUGUCAAGAAGGACUUCGAAGGUUUACCCAAACGUGAAGAUUUCGAAAUAGUUGAAUACGAGUUACCACCGAUCAAGAAUGGAGAGAUUUUGGUCAAAGUUGAGUGGGUGAGUGUGGACCCGUACAUGCGUCUGCUCAAACCAAACUCAUUUCCGUAUGAUCAAUACGGUUUUCAAGUGGGAUUAGUAGUAGAAUCAAAGACCCCUAAAUACCCAGUUGGAAGCCGAAUUGUCUCCCACAAAGGCUGGUGUGACUACGUAAUCAUUGAUACUAACAACCCUUACUCUGACUCGGAAAUGUUUCCUCAACUGUACAAAUUGCCAAACUUAAGCGGUUUUCCUAAUUCUCUCGCAAUCGGCGCAGUGGGUAUGCCUGGUGCCUCCGCGUACUUCGGAUUUCUGGAUGUUUGUCAACCCAAGGCUGGUGAAACAGUGGUUGUGACGGGCGCUGCUGGAGCGGUCGGCUCGGUAGUCGGACAGAUUGCCAAGAUCAAGGGCUGCAAGGUCAUCGGCUUCGCUGGCUCUGACGAGAAGGUGAAGUGGCUGGAAGAGAUCGGCUUCGACAAGGCGAUCAACUACAAGACUGCUGACAUCAAGACGGCUCUCCAAGAAGCUGCUCCUAACGGUGUUGACUGCUUCUUCGACAAUGUUGGUGGCGAAAUUAGCAGCAUUAUCAUAUAUCAGAUGAAUCAAGGUGGCAGAGGAGUAAUUGUUGGAAGUAUCAGUGCUUAUAAUGGUGAUCUUAGCAACAUGCCAAAAGCUACUAUGUUGCAAUUUCCUAUACUAGCGAAACAAUUAAAAAUUCAAGGUUUUUCAAUAGUGGGGUUCGAUUUGAAUCGUCAAUUUGAAGCACAUAAGGAACUUUCCAAGUGGAUACGGAGUGGACAGUUGAAGGCCAGGGAGCACGUAACUGAGGGUUUUGAGAACCUUUAUGAUGCUUUUGUGGGAGUGUUAAAAGGUGAAAACAUUGGCAAGGCUGUAGUUAAAUUAUAAUAAGUCUAUUAGUCAAGAAUUAAAAAAUAUGACAUAUAUGAUUA